UCGUCUUCAGCUUUUCAAGUUGCAAGUUGCAAUUUUUGUUCUCUGUACUUGAACCGUACCAUAUAUGUUAAUUGUCGUCUAAUUAAUAACUGAUUUGUGUUGAAUGUGCGAGGCGGAGCAUUCGCUUCAGCCCACCAGUGUGCGUGAGAGCCGAAAUAGCCGUCAAAAGGAGACGACGAUGAUGAUCGUCGGCCGGCAGGAAUUCAACCUAACCUCCCAGACACGCGCUUCCCUUCAGCGAAAGGUGGGACCUCAAAAUGGAUGCCGACCUGGGCUGUGGCAUGUGGCAGCGCUGCUGCUGCUGCUGCUGCUCCUGGGCCUUUGCGGUCCGAUUUGCGCCGCCACGUCGGGAUCAGAGGACACGCGGUGCGAUGCAGGACAAUUCCAGUGCGGAGACGGCGGCUGCAUCUUACAGGCGAAGAUGUGCGACGGACGCGGAGACUGCAAGGACGGCUCGGAUGAAUUACACUGCGACUACCGACUGUGCCGGCCGCCACAUUGGUUCCCGUGUGCCCAGCCACACGGUGCCUGCCUGGCAGCUGAACUAAUGUGCAACGGCAUUGAUAACUGUCCCGGCGGCGAAGAUGAGCGCAACUGCCCAGGCCUCUCUGGCUUCCGAUUUGGCGAAUUUGGACAGAAGCGACGGAACUGCACUGAUCAGGAGUACAUGUGCCAGGUGGACCGCUCAUGCAUUCCCAUGGAUUUCAUGUGCAACGGACGGGCCGACUGUCCGGACCGAUCGGACGAGCUGGACGGAUGCAAGCAAGCGGAGGCCACCUGCUCGUCCAGCGAGGGUCAUCUGUGCGCGAAUGGACGCUGCUUGCGGCGAAAGCAAUGGGUAUGCGACGGCGUUGAUGAUUGCGGAGAUGGAAGCGAUGAGAAAGGAUGCGCGAAUUUCUGCCAACCAGAGAUGGGCAAGUUCCUGUGCCACAAUCAUGAGAACUGCAUCCUGCUAAGCGAAGUCUGCAAUGGCCACAACGACUGUAUCGAUGGCAGCGAUGAGUCAGACAGCUGUCACUUCAAACCGGACUGUGAAACCAAGAAAUGUGCACCCAACGCCACCUGUCACAUGAUGCCCUUCGGCGGAGCCGAAUGCCACUGCCGCGCUGGAUUUAGGCUGGCCAAGUUUGCGGACAAGUGCGAGGACAUUGACGAGUGUCAAGAGCGGAAGGAUCUGUGUAGCCAGGGAUGUGAGAACACCUCGGGCAGCUACCGAUGCGUCUGUGAUCAGGGUUAUCACCUGCUGGCCAAUGACAACCGCACCUGUCGCGCCUCCAAGACAGGCCACGGCUCCGCUGAUGACCAGCCUCUGCUCUUGUACACCACACAGGUGACGGUGAUGGGAAUGCACCUGCAGGAGGACAAUAUACGGAAUCACGUCUACCAAGUGGCAGGGAAUCUGAGCAAGGUCAUAGGCGUGGCCUACGAUGGCAGCCACAUCUAUUGGACAAACAUCCAGAAUGAAGCGGAAAGCAUUGUCAAAGCCAAGAACGAUGGUUCGCAUUCCGAAAUUCUGCUGACCUCCGGGCUGGAUGCGCCCGAGGAUCUGGCCGUGGACUGGCUGACGCAGAACAUUUACUUCUCGGACAACAUAAUGCGCCACAUAGCAGUGUGCUCCAACGACGGCUUGAACUGUGCGGUGCUGGUCACCCAGGAUGUGCACCAGCCCCGAUCCCUGGCCCUGUGGCCGCAGCGUGGCCUCAUGUUCUGGACGGAUUGGGGAGCCAAGCCCAUGAUCGGACGUGCCUCAAUGGACGGCAGUCGAUCCCGAUCCAUUGUGAGCGAUAAUAUCCACUGGCCAAACGGCAUUGCCCUGGACAUGCAUCAGCAGAGGAUCUACUGGGUGGACGCCAAGCUGGGAAGUGUGCAGACCGUCAAACCCGAUGGCAGUGACCGGCGAACUGUGCUGGAUGGGAUGCUGAAGCAUCCGUACGGCCUGGCCAUAUUUGAGGAUCAGCUGUAUUGGUCGGACUGGGCCACUAAGAGUAUCCAUGCGUGUCACAAGUUCUCGGGCAAGGAUCACCGCGUUUUGGCCCGUGAUCGCACUAUAUAUGCCGUUCACAUCUACCAUCCGGCCAAGCAGCCAGACGACCCUAACCACGGCUGCCGAACCGCCAGGUGCUCGCACCUGUGCCUCCUCGCUGAACCAGAGUCUGGCGGCCAUAGCUGCGCCUGUCCCGACGGGAUGCGACUGGCACCGGAUCAGCAACGCUGCAUGCUGACGGAGAAGCGUCAGCGGCUGUUCGUUGGAUUGCGGCAGGUGCUCCUGGAGAUCGAGCACACCGCAUUCGGACGCCACGUGGUGAGCAAGUCGUACACGCUGCCAUGCUCCAUCGACGAGAUGGUCUACAACCGGAUAAAUGGCAGCCUAAUCAUAGCGGACAACGACCAGCGACUGAUUCUAGAAUACCAGCCGGAUACGCGCGAAACAAGCAUCCUGGUUCGAGCGAAUUUGGGCAACGUUAGUGCCCUGGCCUUCGACCAUCUUAGCCGGAAUCUUUAUUGGGCCGACGCCGAGCGGGGCGUAGUGGAACUGAUCUCCCUGCAGACCCAGCACCGGGCCUUGAUUCGCUUCUUCCCGGGCCAGGAGUGGCCGAUUGGACUCAGUGUGAUGCCCACCGAGGGCUACCUGUACGUGGUGCUUAAGGCCAGGAGGCAUACGCAUAUCGACCGAAUUCCGCUGAGCGGCAAAGGUGAUCAAGUGCAUGUCUUCGAAGAUGAUCUAGGGGAUGACGACAUCAAACUGGCUGCCGAUCAAGAGACACACAAUAUAUUCUGGUCAGACAGCGACCUGGGCAGGAUCAGCUACUCGGACUACCGGCAACCGUUGGCCCAGACUUUCCGCGGCAAGUUGCGGCGACCCUAUAGCCUGGCCCUGGUGCAGCAGGAUUUGUUCUGGAGCGAAUUGGGCUCGUCGGCCAUAUACUGGACGCACAAGAGCAACAUGGGACCCCGUAAACGAAUCGACAUCGAGGCCAGAGGUGAUCCUGAUGCCAUUAUGCCCUUUGUGCCCAUCGCUCCGCCCCGAAGAAUUCCGUUGGCGGGCAGCUCGCCCGCCAGUCUCGACUCGCAUCCCUGCCAGCAGCAGAACGGCGGCUGCUCGCACAUCUGUGUGGGCGAGGGACCCAUCCAUGCCAUCUGCCUGUGCCCAGCCGGAUUCGUGUACCGCGAUGCGGGCAAUCGAACCUGCAUGGAGGCCCUGGACUGCGAAUUCCGUUGCGGCAGCGGUGAGUGUCUGACGAUGGCACACCGUUGCAACGGACACCGUGAUUGCGUUGACAACUCGGACGAGACGGGCUGUGAUGAGGAGCACCGCCGGAAGCCGAAGGUUAUGUGCUCGCACAAGAAAUUCGCCUGCCACAGCGGAGACCAGUGCGUGGAUAUCGAACGACGCUGCGACGGCAUCAAGGACUGUCUGGAUCAUACCGAUGAGCAGCACUGCGAGAAGUUUGACAAGACCAAGAUGUGCCAUGCCCACCAGCAUGCGUGCGACAACGGCAAGUGUGUGGACUCAAGCCUGCUCUGCGACGGAACCAACGAUUGCGGCGACAACUCGGACGAGGUGGAGUGCAAGAAGCUUGCCGGUUGCGACAAGGGUAUGUUCCAGUGCAGCACCGGAUCAUGCAUUGCGGGAAGCUGGGAGUGCGACGGCCGGAUUGAUUGCAGCGAUGCCUCCGACGAGCACGACAAGUGCGGACAGCGCACCUGUCCACCUGACAUGCACCGUUGCCUUCUGGGUCAGUGUCUGGACCGUAGUCUGGUCUGUGACGGACACAACGACUGUGGUGAUAGGUCAGACGAGCUGAACUGCGAUCAGGAUUUGGCCAAGGUGAACAUAUCCUGUGCCCAUGACGAGUUUAAGUGCACAAGUCCCGGACGAAAGUGCAUUCCAGCGUCAGCCAGGUGCAACGGCACCGCCGAAUGUUCCCGCGGUGAGGACGAGGCAGACUGUGGAGACAUGUGCAGCAUUUCCGAGUUCCAGUGCCGCUCGGGCCGACAGUGCAUCCGCCAGGAGUUCCGCUGCGAUGGCGAAAGAGAUUGCCUGGAUGGCAGUGACGAGUUGAGCUGUGAGGAGGAGAAAAAUCGCAACCAAACGCAGACCGGUAUGCACCCUCAGUUGUGGAGUACUGCGAGGAGGGCAUGUCGCCCCCAUCUCUUCGACUGCCAUGAUGGAGAGUGCGUGGACAUGUCGCGCGUCUGCAAUAACUUCCCGGACUGUGCCAACGGGCAGGAUGAGGGUCCGCAAUGCGCGACAGCCUGCCGACCGGCGGAUGGUCGUAAGCUGUGCCAGCACAAGUGCCGGGCCACACCCGCCGGCGCCGUGUGCUCCUGCCGAGAUGGCUACCGCCUGGAUACUGACCAAUCGAGCUGUGUGGACGUGGACGAGUGCCAACAGGAGCAGCAGCCAUGCGCCCAGCUCUGCGAGAAUACGCUGGGCGGCUAUCAGUGCCAGUGCCACGCAGACUUUAUGCUCCGCCAGGAUCGGGUCAGCUGCAAGAGCCUCGAGUCCGGAGCCGCCAUUCUCUUCAGCAGCUUUAACCAGGUGAGGAAUCUGAGCGAACAUCCUGUAAUGCUAACGGUGGCCUGGUCGGCAAACGACUCACGGAUAUCGGGCUUCGAUGUGGAUGUUCACCGGCAAAUGGGUUACUUCUCCGUGGAGGAAGAGGACGUUAUCUACCAGAUUGAUUUGCAAAAGAAGCAGGUAACCCGGGCACUAACCCUACCCCGACCCACAAAGCUCUCGGUGGACUGGGCCACCGGCAAUGUGUACGUGGUGUCUGCCCAGCAGGAAAUCCAGGCAUGCAGCUUCGAGGCGCGCAUGUGCGGCCGGAUUGUGCUGGCGAAGAACCACAAGCGUCUCAAGCACGUGGCAGUGGAUGGUUAUCACGCCAGGAUCUUCUACAUAGCCAUACGCACGGAGGGCUUUGGCCAUUCCACGUCGGAGUUGCACAUGGCCCGGCUGGACGGCAGUCGUCGGGAAAUACUCUUGCAGCGAAGCGACAGUUACCUAACGGCCCUGACCACUGAUCCUCACCAGCAGCAGCUUUACUAUGUCGACCUGCACCGGCGCACGCUUGAGCGGAUGGCCUAUAAACCCAAGUCGUCGUCGGGACCCCAACGGCGUCUAGAGAUAAUGCUGCAAAAGUCCAAUGCCCUCAUUCAACCCUCCGGGCUAAGUGUGUUCGAGAAUAAUGCGUACAUCGUUAACCUGGGCGCCAAGGAGGCGCAUCAGUGCGCCCUGUACGGAUCCCGGAUCUGUAGGAACAUCAAUCUGAACGUGAUGAAUGCCGAGGACAUUGUGGUGGAAGCCGCAUCGCGUCAGCCCCAGCCGGCGGCCCACGCCUGCGUCCAUGCCCAUUGCCAGGGACUAUGCCUGCAGGCCGACUUUGGAUACGAGUGCAUGUGCGGCCAUCGGCUGGUGUCCGAAGGCGAACCGUGUCCCCAUGGAUCCGGCAACGAGGUGGCUUUGGGAUCAUCCAACAGCCUAGAGCUCGAACAGCAACGGUCGGGCAAUCACUGGCUAAUGGCACUUGUUGUUUUGGCCACCGUAUUGCUGGUCGCCGGAAUGGGCUACAAGUACUACAAGUACCGCCAGCGGGGUCACACGGAUCUCAACAUAAACCUGCAUUUCCAGAAUCCACUGGCGACGCUCGGUGGUGACGGCGCCUCAUCGACCAAAGCCUUUCUGGAGCACGAACGGGACGAAUCCGGAGUGGCAUUCACCACGGAAUCGAUAUCGUCCAGCCAAGAAACAGCCAGCGCCUCAUCGACGCAGUUUGGUGUGCCGACUGUUCUCCAAAGACUACUCCGUACACGUCAGUCGUCCAACGACCCGAUGGCUACCCAGAUGCUGCUCGAAAGCCCCAGAGCAAGCACCGACCUACACUCAAUGGACGGCAGAAACGGAGGCGGAGACGGACGGCAGGUGCCGCGCAUCCUGGUGGCAGACAUUGACGAUGAUGCCGCGCGAGGACAAUUCGGCGGAUGUAACGGCAGCGAUGAUGCGCAUGCACGACUUGUGUCGUAAAUAGGGCGCAAGUAUUAUUGUUAUUAAUCAAAAUAUUUAUAUAGCUAAUUGUAUUUAUUAACCAUCUUAUCCAUGCUCCUUUUGAGUGUCCUCCGGUGUUUGUCUUUGUAAACCGAAUUACCUAAAAUAAUAAACAAAGAAUGUAAGAGAGUUUGUCCGAACGGAACCCCAAGUAGGCCUUAACUUUCACAUCACAGUUACGAGCCCCUGAAA